GUGGGACGUGAAUCAUUCUAAAGCGCACGGAGCAACAAGUGCUACUCGCCAAUUUACAAGCUUAUAAGCGUGAGCGACCCCCAGGCAAUUGUAAGGCCAAAGCGAAUCAAACACGAUGAGAUUGCUAGUGAAAAGCGUUAAACUAUGGACGCAGCAGCAGCUGCGCGGAGCGGCAAGCAUGGCAACCGGUUCGCAAUUUCACAAACUGGCAACAGCCUCAAAAACUGACAACACAGAGAAUCACUUAGCUAAAGCUAACUCACCGCUGACAGACAGCUUUGGUCGCCAUCAUACAUAUCUCAGAAUAUCACUGACCGAACGUUGCAAUCUACGCUGCGACUACUGCAUGCCGGCGGAGGGUGUGCCGCUACAGCCCAAGUCACAAUUAUUGAGCACGGAGGAAAUGUUGCAGCUGGCGCGCAUUUUUGUGGAGCAAGGUGUGCGUAAGAUACGCUUAACAGGCGGCGAACCUACAGUACGUCGUGAUAUUGUGGAAAUCAUAGCGCAGCUCAAGGCGCUGCCGCAACUAGAGCAUGUGGGGAUCACAACGAAUGGCUUGGUGUUGACUAGAUUGCUGUUGCCCAUGCAAAAAGCUGGUCUAGAUUCGCUCAAUAUAAGCUUAGAUACGCUGCGAAAGGAACGCUUUGAACGCAUUUCCAGACGCAAAGGUUGGGAGCGUGUCAUCGCCGGCAUAGAUCUGGCCAUACAACUAGGUUAUAGACCCAAGGUGAACUGCGUGCUUAUGCGCGACUUUAACGAGGAUGAAAUCUGCGAUUUUGUAGAAUUCACACGUGAGCGUCCAGUGGAUGUGCGCUUCAUCGAAUAUAUGCCCUUUACGGGCAACAAGUGGGAAACGCAACGUCUAAUAAGCUAUAGUGAAACACUUAAGGUGAUACGCGCCAGCUUUCCUGACUUCCAAGCUUUGGCAAAUGGACCAAAUGACACCUCCAAGGCUUGGGCUGUGCCCGGCUUUGCGGGUCAGAUGGGCUUCAUUACCUCUAUGACAGAACAUUUUUGCGGCAGCUGCAAUCGAUUGCGUCUCACAGCUGAUGGCAAUAUUAAGGUGUGUCUGUUUGGAAACAAGGAAUUUUCACUGCGUGAUGCCCUGCGGAGUGAGGAUUGCACGGAGCAGCAGCUGGUGGAACUUAUAGGCGCUGCUGUGCAGCGGAAGAAGAAACAGCAUGCGGGCAUGCUAAAUCUAUCGCAUAUGGCAAAUCGCCCCAUGAUACUCAUUGGCGGUCUUGGCGGCGGCGGCGGCGACAGCACCAGCAGCAGCAGUACCAUGCUACUUCACACUCAUCCAGCACAGCGCCUGCAGCUGCGAAAGUGCAGCAGCUUGACGCAUAUUAACGCACAAGGUAAGGCACAAAUGGUGGAUGUAGCACAUAAGGCGUCAACCACACGAACUGCCACAGCGGAAGCCACAGUACAAGUUGGUGAGCGUCUAACAGCGCUCAUAGCCGCCAAUGAGCUAAAGAAGGGUGAUGUUUUGAGCGUUGCACAACUGGCGGGCAUCAUGGGCGCAAAACAAACAGCACAGCUUAUACCCUUGUGUCACAACAUAGCUAUCUCCUCAGUGCACGUGGAGGCCAAGCUGGUGGCGGAGCAACUGUGUGUACAUCUGUUAGCCACAGUGCGAUGCACCGGACAAACUGGCGUCGAAAUGGAAGCCCUAACAGCUGUUUCCGUGGCGGCACUUACUGUCUAUGACAUGUGUAAGGCAGUUUCCCAUGACAUCUGCGUCACCAAUGUGCGGUUGUUGAGUAAGUCGGGCGGCAAGCGCGACUUUCAGCGUUAAUAAAGCAAUCACAU